CUGGCUGGCGAGCGCAAUUUCGCCCGAAAAGCGCCGGCUGCUGCGUCUCGACUCUGCGCGUCCGAGGCGCCCGCCUUGCGCGCCCCUGUUUCCCCCGCGCUCUCCAAUAGGGAGCGGUAGGAGCACCUUUGCAGACCUCCUCGCUUGGCGCUCCGAGAGCGGGGAAGUGAUUCCCUCCCCGGCGCCAGCGCCUCGGCAGCAGCAGGCUUCAAUUUCUCCCGCUCUUCUGGAGAUUCACCCCCGGCGGAUCUCAGCAGCCGAGGCGUCGGCGUCGGUUCUCCCUCCUUCCUUCCUUCCUUCCUUCCUUCCUUCCUUCCUUCCUUCCUUCCCCCUCGCUUCGCCCGCCGGGUCUUGCGGCUGGGGCUGCCUCUCCCCAGACGCGCACGGACGCCGCGGGCGGAGGAGAGCGCGCUUAGCUGGGAUGGCAGCGGGUGCCGCGCGGGGCUGAAGCCGGAGCGGCGCCCGCCAUGGCCAAGCAGUACGACGUGCUCUUUCGCUUGCUGCUCAUCGGGGACUCGGGCGUGGGCAAGACCUGCUUGCUGUGCCGCUUCACCGACAACGAGUUCCACCCUUCGCACAUCUCCACCAUCGGAGUCGAUUUUAAAAUGAAGACUAUAGAAGUAGAUGGCAUUAAGGUCCGAAUACAGAUCUGGGACACUGCAGGUCAGGAGCGAUACCAGACCAUCACGAAGCAGUACUACAGGCGAGCCCAGGGGAUAUUCUUGGUGUAUGACAUCAGCAGUGAGCGCUCAUACCAGCACAUCAUGAAAUGGGCCAGUGAUGUAGAUGAGUAUGCCCCAGAUGGUGUCCAGAAGAUCCUCAUUGGGAAUAAAGCAGACGAGGAGGAGAAGAGGCAAGUAGGCAAAGAGCAAGGCCUCCAGCUGGCCAAGGAGUAUGGCAUGGAUUUCUAUGAAACAAGUGCCUGCACCAAUGUAAACAUCAAAGAGUCUUUCACUCGUCUGACAGAGCUGGUCCUGCAGGCCCACAAGAAGGAGCUGGACGGACUCCGCACGUAUGCGGCUGAUGAACUGAACCUGGUUGAGCUGGAGGAGGAGGCAAGCAAGCCAGAGGGCACAGAGCACUCCCCCAAGACCUGCUGGUGCUGAAAGCCUCCCAGUGCUCUUCCUUUUCUUCUGUCCCCCAGUGCAGGCAGAGAGGCUGCCACCUAGAGAGGGCUCCAUCUCUUUGGUCUCUGGUUGCCUGCCUGCCUGCCUGCCCACUCUCUGCCCUGCUGGAUCCUCUUUGGAUUUCCUGGUGUUUCUCCUUGAUUGGUGAUUUCUGUUGUUCCCCCAAACUCCCUGGAUCCAAAUCUCUCUUCGGGGGGGCUCACAAUAUGCAGAACAUCACCCCGCCACCUUUGCGGAAGAGCUGUGGUUGGCGAUCGCAGCAGCCGAGGCCUCUUCAGCAGCCUCUCAACCUCCAGGUGCUCUGCAGCCUUGCCCUUUUCCAGGGGGCAGCUGAGCCGGUUGGCUUCUGUGCCUGGAUGCAACUAGGCCUGUCCUCUGAGAACAGGGCGCUCAAGGAGGGAGGAAUGUCCCACUUCAUUCACUCUCCUCCAGACAGGCCGUUUGCUUGCACACCCUCAAUAGCAGGCCUGCUGAAGGCUUGUCCGUUUGUAUCUGCCCCCGCCCCCACCCAUACAUUGCCUUGCCAUUUCAGCAUCUGCCCUAAUGCCUGCAUAGCUUUGUGCAGGGUUGGGGCUUUGUGGCUGUAUUGGAUACAGUGUCUUGUACAUACCUGGCUGCCUGGAGGUUGUUGUUAAAAAAAACCUCUCACCACGGCACCUCGCCAAAUUGGGGCUUGUUCCAAAGUGCGCAGUGGCAUCUCUUGCCCUGCUAAGUGUAAGCUGCUGGGAGCAGCAAGAGUCUAGCCCUGCUGGGAAAAGGGGUAGGAUGAUGGAAAUUUGGGGCUUUAAAUUCAGACUCGCCUUACCAGCUGCAAAGAAUGUUUGCUUCUUCCCAGGCGAAACUAGGCUCCUAUUUUGUAACUCCUUGGAGCCUUGUAUUGCACACCAAGCAAAAUCCUUGCCUACUAUUAUUUACUCGAAAAUUUUGUAGGGCAUCUUCGCUUGGCUCCCCUUGGGUAUCUUUGGUGGUGCAGGUACAUCAGGCACCCGCUUAGCCUAUAUCCCUGCACCAAUGGAGGCAGAGAGCCCACCCUAUCUGUGUGUCACCUGUGUGGACCUGGCUUUGAGAGCCCCCUUGGAAUGACUUUCCCAACUAUUCACCAAAGCGCUGAUAUGGAAACACACUGUAAUCUGUGCAUAGAGCCUUCCCUCAUUUGUUUCUUCUCACUCUUGAGGUCCAACCUGUAAGAAGUUGCUCAAGACCCUUUCGUGGGCUCUUUUUAGAAGUUCCUCCACAGAAGGAAUUUCCUUGGAAUCUCAGCCUGGUAGAUUCCAGGGUAUCCAAUUUAUUUGGUUCUUUUGCCAUGUGCUGCUUAACAUGGCUUGAUCCGAGCAAACUGAAACCAGCCUGCCUGCCUGCAUGUUGUACCAGCAUCCCCCUCUCGCCUUGACAUGCUUGGCGGGGGAGGCCUAAAGACACUUGGCAGUAUGCCAUGGUAAUUCUAAUCUAUAUGCGCCUGCCUGCUCCAGAGUAGCUGCUCCCUGCGUGCCAACACCUUGGGGAGGCGAAGACUCCUUUCCCUUCCUACGUACAUGCCAGCAAUGGGCUACAUUUGCGGAUCUAGAAAGGAUGGGUGUCAACCAGAGGCUUUCUGGGUGGAAUGGCGGUGCAUAAGUCCUCCUGCUGCCUGGAGAGGCUGCCUUUGAUGGAGGAGGUGGGGCUUAGGCACAACCCAUUUGAGCGAUAGAAAAUGGUUCUUAUAUCCAUGUGAUGAUCUGCCCUUCCCUAGCCAGGUCAUACCAGAGAGCAGACUGAUCUACAUUUCCCUGCUCGUUUUUCCUCUUCCUCCUCCAGUUGGUUUUCUUGACUUUCUCUCUCAGAGCAGAUGAAAAAUAUUUUUACCCAGUGAAGGAGAGGAAGGAUAGUAGUGGGAAUAAAGUUGGCUGCACUGUGAUGCUUGUCCUGAAAGCAAGGGUGCCUUGCAUUUCCAAAAAAGGCUCCACUCUCAAAACCACCAGUUUUACCUCUUUCUUUGUGCUGGGUGGGUUUGAACAGGUAUCAAGCCACUGGAAAUGUAGGGGGGAAACAGUGGAGUUCUACACACAGUGCCUGCUGUUGGCAGGAGCAGCUCUCCUGUAGCCACAGUCCCCUGGGAAGACCCCAGUCCCAGGGUCUGGGAAGAAAGAGGCACGAAACGGCUUGACCACAAGGGAUCGCUUCCUGCAAGACCUAGUGUGAAGCUGGAGAUAUUGUAGACACUAAUUAGAGACACACGUAGCUGGUAGCCUGUUUAGUUUUUGAACUACAACUCCCACCAUGCCUGACCAUAGGGCCGUGCUGGCUGUGACGGUAUGAGGGGAGCUGGAAUCAAACAACACCUGGAGGACCAAAGCUUCCUCCCAGCCAUGAUGUAGUAGGACCCAAAUUCUGUAAGAAUAGGUGAAAAUGCAAAGAAACGAGGACUUGUGCAGGUGGGGAACUAGGCAUCUUUGCCCUGAGAGAGGAGGCAUGUAGAGACUGAGGGAAAUGGAUGGGCCACAGCAAAGGAAGAGCUUUUUUGCCUCUUUUGUAAGCCCAAACUGUUGGGCUGAUUGGUUGAGGCCUUGCUGGCUUUGGUCUGCCUAGCUUGUUAGAAGGUUGGAAUGAAGACUGAGGGCCAAUCCUUGCA